AUGCUGUUCCUCCUGCUGCUGUGGAUUUGGCUCCUGACUCCUUCCGUCUCUGUAUCCGGGAGCCAAUGCUUCUUGCGCAGGGACUUUUCUCGGGGCUAUUACAAAGAUGGGGACUUGGUGAUUGGAGGGCUCUUCUCUUUGAAUGUAUUUUUAGGUUUUCCACCAAGCUUUUCCAGGUACCCUUCUUGGUUUAAUACAGAAUUUGUCCGCACUGCCAAACACUACCACCACGUCCUGGCCCUGGUGUUUGCCGUGGAGCAGAUCAACAAAGACCCCAGCCUCCUGCCCAACAUCUCCCUGGGAUUCCACAUCUCCGAUAAUUUAUUUCGGGAGAGGCUGGCCGUGGAGCAGUCUCUGAUCCUGCUCUCGGGCGCGGGCCGGACAGUUCCCAAUUACAACUGCGAGGGGCGAAGCAAGCUUGUGGCCGUCAUCGGCGGGGUCAAAUCCUCCUUGUCCAUUGCCGGUGCCAAUAUGCUCGGAUUCCACAAGAUCCCCCAGCUGUCAGGCGUGAGUUACACCGUAUACAGUGCUGUGAACGCAGUGGCCCGUGUACUCCACGAAAUGCUCUUAUUUAGAUCAGAAACGGAAAUGUCAGAGACAGGAGACACCAUGAGUCUUCCAUCAUGGCAGCUCCACUCCUUCCUGAAUCAGCACCGGUUCAACACCAGCACUGGGGACGAGCGACAUUUUGGUGGAAACACCCAGGCCGUCCCGAGCUUUGACAUUCUGAACUUUCGCAGAACUGGAUACUUUACCUGCAAGAGGAUGAAGGUGGGAGAAUUUAACACCCGGGCUCCUUUGGGGAGCGACUUCACCAUUAAUGAAAAGGCCAUCAGGUGGAACGACGAUUUCGAAGAGACCCCCCGAUCUGUGUGCAGCAAUAGCUGCCUCCCUGGAUACAGAAAAGCAGCUAGGGAGGACAAGGCGGUCUGCUGCUACGAUUGUGCCCCAUGCCCAGAGGGCGAGAUCUCCAACCAGACAGAUGCAGCAGAGUGUGUGAAGUGCCCUGAAGAUGAUUAUCCAAAUCCAAAGAAAGACCGCUGCCUUCCUAAAGUCAUCACUUUCCUCUCCUAUGACGAGCCUCUGGGCAUCGUGCUGGUUUGUUCGGCUCUUUCCUUCUCCCUGAUCACAGCCCUGACUUUGGGGAUUUUCAUCCGGCAACGAAACACGCCCAUCGUCAGAGCCAACAACCGCGGCCUCAGCUACAUCCUCCUCGUCUCCCUCGUGCUCUCCUUCCUCUGCUCCCUCAUCUUCAUCGGCCGCCCCAGUACAGCGUCCUGCGUCCUCCGACAAACUGCCUUCGGCAUCAUAUUCUCCGUGGCCGUGGCUUCGGUGCUGGCCAAAACCAUCACAGUGGUCCUGGCCUUCCGGGCCACCAAGCCGGGGAGCAGGUUCCGGGGAUGGAUGGGUCCCCGAAUAUCUAACUUUGUCGUCCUCGUCUGCUCCUUGAUCCAAGUGACCAUCUGCGGGGUCUGGUUGGGGACCUCUCCCCCUUUCCCUGACUCCAACACGCAGGCUGAGUUUGGCCACAUCGUUCUUGAGUGCAACGAGGGCUCCAUCACCGCCUUCUACUGCGUCCUGGGCUACAUGGGCUUCCUGGCCCUGGUGAGUUUCACGGUGGCCUUUCUGGCCCGGAAUCUGCCAGACACGUUCAACGAGGCCAAAUUCAUCACGUUCAGCAUGCUGGUGUUCUGCAGCGUCUGGAUCUCCUUCCUGCCCACCUACCUGAGCACCAAGGGCAAGGCCAUGGUGGCCGUGGAGAUCUUCUCCAUCUUGGCCUCCAGCGCUGGGCUCCUGGGCUGUAUCUUUGGGCCCAAGGUCUAUGUGAUCGUGCUGAGACCGGACAGGAACACCCGGGACCAGUUACUGAGGAAACGUAAUAUCGGCAUUCUAUCCCCUUGAUAUUUCUCCCACAUACUAGUGCAAAGUAAACUCAUGUUCCCCUCCGUCCCUUAUCACAAUUUAGGUUUUGGAAGGUCCCCAUUUUGUUCUAACUCUGAUGAGCCAUUGAGUCAUUUCCGAUUCAUAGCGACUCUAUGGAUAUAUUUUCCCCAGAACAUCAUAUCUACUGCCUUAAAUCGUAAUCUUGCUAACGGGUCUUUCGUUAUCAUUGUUGUGGUUUCUAUCCAUCUAGCUGCUGAUCAGCCUCUUCUACAUUUUCCUUGGACUUUUCCUAGCAUUAAUGUCUUCUUUAGAGAAAAAAUGUCCUCCUGAUGAUGUGUCCG